UUAUUACAUUGGAUCCUACACUUUUCCCUCUCCUCUCUAUUACCAUAUUUCUAUAUGAUUGUUUCUUAAAUGGUGCCUUUUGUUUUCUUUUGUUUAUUAUUCUUCUCUUUUUCUGGGGUUGUAGAGGCAGAUGGGAAGAACAGUGAUAAGGCUAAAACUAUGCGAUCAAAACAUAGUCACCGAGCAGAGGAGUAAGAUAAAUGAGAGAGAAUCAGUCCUUGGCAUGUGAUUGAAUAGAGAAUCAGUCCUUGGCAUGUUCAGAGCUUUGCUGGUCAACCGCAAGCUAUUAAAAAUGAUUCUGGCCCGUUGUCAACGUUUCCCGGGUUUCCCGGGAAGAUAGAUGAGAAUAACAUCAAUAUCAGCCCUGACCACAAGUGCACUGAAUCCUGUGGAAGUUGAUCCUAUCAGAGAUGCAGAUGCGACAUCCAAAGCUAUGGAUCAGCAACCCAGUUGGCGAACAUGGGAAUGCUCUGUCAGUUUCGGGUGAUAAUGUGUUUGGUCAUCCACUUCAGAGACUAGUGUCCGAGGUUCAAUCAACUAACUGUCUUAUCCGCAAUGGUACGUCGAACCAACAGGAUGAUCUGACAAUCGAAGGAGGAACGAUUAGCAUCUCUAGCGUCUACUCUCAAGGGUUAUUGAACUCUCUCACACAAGCACUGCGGUUUGGAUCUGUCACAGGCGAACAUCUCAGUGCAGAUGGAUCUCGGAAAGCGUUCGAAUAGGGGGAUAACGCAUGCUAAGGUACAACAUGAUUAAAGAAAGAUCAUGGAUCUCGGAAAGUGUUCCAUGUUCUUUAUUAACAAGAUUAGGUCAUGUAACCCUGGAUCUUGCAGGAAGUUAAUGGAUGCAUUCAAGUUCUGUGCGAAGAACUAAAGCCAUGGCAGAAGUAUGAAGGA